AUAAUCAUAUGGUCAUAUGUACAAAAUAUGUAUUAUUCAUAAUUUAAAUUCCUGUCACCGAAAGGGUCUAAUAAAAGUUAGGGCUACAACCGAAAGAGAGGAAAGAUAAAAGGAAAAUCAUUAAGGCAUUGAUUAAAGUGUAAAGAAGGAUUAGCAACUCAUAGUGAUUAAUAAAAGAGGGUAGAGUUGGAUGAGUAAAGCAAAGAGUACUUUAAUGUACGGCAGAUCUGGUUUGACGUAUACACUCUUUUACCCAAUUCCGCAAAUCAGUUGGCAUUCCAUCUGGAAUUGUUCAUCCUGUCGGAACUUCCAAUUCAAUUCUAACCCACCACCCCAAAAAUAAAAUAAAUUCAAAAAAUAAAAAUUAAAAUUAAAAAAAAAAAAAAUUGCUGGAAAACCAGAGAUAUCUUCCAGGAAGGUAACAGACAAAAGAUCGCGAGGAAGGGAAGAGAGAGAAAAUUGAUUUCACAAAAACAUCCCCAACACCCACUUCACAAUCUUCCUCUCUUUCCUCCAAAUACUCCUCUUUUUUCUCUAUUUUUUUUUUAUUAUUUUUGUGAAAAUAAUCAACAACAAUUUCUUGUUUAUAAUUUGUUGUUAAUUUAGUUGUUAUUGUUGUUAAUGGUGGGAUUGAUUUUUGUGUACAAUGAUAAUAAAACUACAAGGGUAAUUAAAUGAAUUUGUCACGGUGGUCAUUUUCAUCUUCAAAUUCAAAUACACAUUCAAAUUCAUCAUCUACUUCGAAUUCUAAUUCUUCAACGACGUCAAAUAAUCGCCGGUUAACCAGAGCUAAGCAACUCCGUCAUCUCCGUGACUGUGACCUUAGUUAUUUGGAUUUCUUUUUAGGUCACCGUAACGGUCACGGUCACCGUCACGGUGACGAUUUAUUGCGCACCGCUUCUUCACCGCCUCCUCAGCCGCUUCCUCUCCCGGAGAUAAUAUCCAGUGACGAUAAAUCGGUGUCGAAAUUGAAACCGAAAUCGAAAUCGAAAUCGAAGUCAAAGCCAAAGCGUGGUGAUUGUGAGAAUUUCCGGCUUCCGUCGCCAACUGAAGUUUCUAAAGAAAAAGGAAGAGGGUUUGACAAUAACAUUAAGCUCAAUGCUAGUAAGGUAGCAUCUCAAAUUGAUCAGAGGGGAGUUGCUGUUGAUGCUCAAAAAAGGGUUAGUGCUCGGCGAGGAGUUGAUGUGCAAACUUUAGCUGAUCCUCAAAGUAGUAGCGUGCACCGUACAGAAACCUGGCCAUCAUGGAAUGUCCCCCAAAAGAUACAGAGUCCACAUCGACCUCAAGAGAACUAUAGCAUAGACAUCAACUUCCAGAGUGCUCCACCAAGUUCAAGUUCUAGUCCCAUGUAUAGCCCACAAAGGAUGCUUAAUGGAGAUCCAUUUUUCAUGUAUCCAAUGGAACCUGCACGUUGGUCUGAACCAGCCAUGCCUACUGGUUUCCCGUAUGGUGGUCUACCAGAGAGCACUAUGGCUAGUCGUGAUAGUCCUUCAUUUAGAAGUCCGUUACUAAGGAGCCCAAGACCACCCCGAAACAGCAUCAGUGGACCACCAUCACCCCUGCACCCCAGAUUAUCUGUUGAUAUAUCUUCCCCUCAUCAUGAUUGUAAUGUCCACCCAUUACCUCUUCCUCCCGCACCUUCAUCCUCAAUGCCGGCGUCUCCUGCUCCUCAAGUCACCUCAAGGCCGGAAUUAUUACCCAUGAAAAGUCAAUGGAUAAAAGGAAAACUUAUAGGACGGGGCACAUUUGGAAGUGUGUACACUGCAACGAACCGGGAAACAGGAGCCUUGUGUGCCAUGAAAGAAGUAGACUUAAUUCCUGAUGAUCAAAGGUCUUCUGAGUGCAUGAGGCAACUUGAACAGGAGAUUGAAGUCCUGAGCCAUCUAAAGCAUCCAAAUAUUGUGCAGUACUAUGGUAGUGAGAUUGUGGAUGACAAGUUUUACAUAUAUUUGGAGUAUGUUUAUCCUGGUUCUAUCAAUAAAUACAUUCGUGAGCAUUGUGGGGCUAUCACAGAAGCAGUUGUUCGGAAUUUCACUCGUCAUAUAUUAUCUGGAUUGGCUUACUUGCACAGCAGGAAGACAAUUCGCAGGGACAUCAAAGGGGCAAAUUUACUUGUUGAUUCAUCUGGAGUUGUCAAGCUUGCAGACUUUGGGAUGGCAAAACCUCUUAGUGAACAGUCAGCUAUUCUUUCUCUAAAGGGGAGUCCGUACUGGAUGGCUCCAGAGCUCAUGCAAUCUGUGAUACAGAACGAAAAUAGUUCUGAUUUGGCUUUUGCCGUUGAUAUAUGGAGUUUGGGUUGCACUAUCAUUGAAAUGCUAACUGGCAAGCCCCCAUGGAGUGAAUUUGAAGGGGCUGCCGCAAUGUUCAAGGUCUUGAAAGAAUCCCCACCCAUUCCUGAAACAUUGUCACCUGAAGGAAAGGAUUUUUUACACUGUUGCUUUCAGCGAGACCCUGCAGACAGACCACCUGCUAUCAAGUUGUUGGACCAUCUAUUCUUGAGAACCCCUCAGCAAAUGGAUUUUCCAUCUUCCCGUGUAGCACCAGAUCUUAUGAUUCAAAUGGAUAAAGUAGCUCAUAGUUCAAGAGAGAUAUAUGGUUCCAAUCUUGAAAAAGUUUUGUUGUCCCCUAGAAGAUGGACAACUAAUGGAAGAGGCUACAUCAAGUGAGGGUUUCCUUCUGCAUUGGCCUUGUCUGAUAUCUAUUAUUACUGCAUUGCAAGCUCAUAAAAUUAAAGAAAACAGCCUACAUGGCUAAUCGUUUCAACUGCACCAUACUCCAAUUGUGGUUAUUCGUGCUCUCUAGCGAGAGUGGCCAAGUAUCUCAUCAUGACUCAUGAGACUUUUGACGUGAUUGUGGACUUUUUUCAUUCUUUACGAUCUAUUCUUGAGCUAGUUACAAUAAUCCCACCUCCACUGCAAUUGGUUGAAAUUUCCAGUUAAUGCAAUUGUCUUAAAAGUAUGAUGUUGGGUGCGCUCUCUGUUUCAAACUCUGGAAAUGAAGAUUUGGUUGGAGUUCUGAAGCAUAUCAAAUGCAAACUCUCUGCAUGAUAGUUUUUGCUUGCUUUCCCACUUAUGCGGAGCUGCAUAGCUGCUCUACGCAGUGUACUUGACCGCUGUAUUUUGAAACUAGGAUUCAAAUCUGUUAGUGUAUCCAAGAAGCUGUCAAAGUUCAGCGCAAGUUUGCAGGUUGCUACUUACGAUGCUAUCUUCAUGACUCCAUAGCAACAUUCUCUGAAUGUGAUCUUGACAACUCAGUAGUCUGUACAUAGAGAUUUUUCCGCCAUUUCUUCCAUUUGUUGUAAAGGUUAGAUUUGAUUAUUAAUUCUUAUGCAUAUGAUUUUUUGUAUA